GAAAAAUUGGCCUAAUUUGAUUGUUAAUUCUUUUCACAUUUUACCCGGGCCCAUAAGUGCACUAGGCUCUCUUCGACAAUAGUAUGGCUUAGGAAUAUGGAAAUUGGAUUUGAACAUAACCUCCACGCCUUAAUACAGAUAUAAAUAUGAAUGUGAUAACAGAACGUUUGGAUUGUACUGUCAAUAUAAAUGCAGCGGGUACUGUUCGAGGGGACUUCCCUGUAACAAAGUCAAUGGAAUUUGUCUUUUGGGAUGUGCAAACGGAUGGAUAAAUCCUUUCUGCAAUGAAACUUGCCUGACAAAUUUCUACGGAAAAAACUGUAGUUUUCCGUGUGGACAAUGCGCAAACAACGCAACAUGUGAUCACAUGACAGGACUCUGUCCUUCUGGACUCUUUAAACGAGGAUGGAAAAAUACUAGUGAUAAAAGAUGUAUAUGUAAUGAUACGACCAACAAGGGACCAGAGUGGGAUUCAAACCAAAUAGUCAUAUCAUCUCUGUAUGGAGUUAUCGCAGCUCUCUUUUUAAGUAUGCUGCUUAACAUUUUUCUUAUUGCCAGAAAUGCCAGAAGAGCUUUUUACAAAAGACAAAGCUUAAACGUUGGAAAUAAGGAAGAAAAUUCUGCAAAAGAAUCCUACGUUACUGCUCCGGUAAGAAUUGAAGAAAGGACAAACAGUCAAGAACCUGUACAAUUAAUUAAUCCCUCGAUUAAUGACACAGAAGAAAGCAAUGCAGGUUAUCUAGAACUUGGACAAUUGAGCCAACCCUCUCAUUAUGAGGAACUAGAGCGAUAUCAGGUCAAAGUUUUACCAUCUGUGUGUUGCUUUGGACUUAGCAAGUUUCAUUCACCAAAUUAAAAUUAAGACCCUUCAUGAAUGUCAUUAUUAGUUAAUAAAAACAAUUACUAGUAUACAAAAUUUUGAAUUAGUUUCUUGAAUCGUGAAAUUAAAACAAUCACAAUUGGUAAUCUUUGAGAUAUCAUGAAAUUCAAACACCGUGGAAUCAAAACUACUAAAAUUUGC